UCUGGGUUAUCGUUAUGUAGAAACCGAAACAAACAUGCUCUGAAGCUCGGUGGAGUUACUCUCUGCAAAUGUUAUUGCAUAUAUUAUAGCCCUCACACUUCAAAUAAUCUAUUAUUAGUGUUAAAAAACAUCGUUUGCCCUUUGGGUUGUAUCGUGGAAGAGACUAUUUGAAUUUAAUCGAGAAGGACAAGUGCUCUGAAUACUCGUGAGUCCACAUGAAUAACUUGAAUGACCCUGACUGGAAUAUCAGGCCGGAGAGGCAGGGUGAUGGAGGUGACAGCAGCAAGUGGAACUAUGCCCUCCUGGUGCCUCUGCUGGGCCUUGCUGCUUUUCGAUGGAUCUGGUCCAAGGAGUCUGAGAAAGAAAUAGAAGAUGCCAGGGUCAAGUAUGAAAACACCGUGAAGACAAUCCAGAAGGACCUGGACGUCAAAUACCGACAGACGCUUUCAGAAAACCGCAGAGAAACCGCUCAGCUGGAGCUUGAUCUGGAGAAGGAAAAGCAGCGAGCGCAAGGCUACCGUCAAGCGCUGGCGUCCCAGACUCAGAAGCACCAGGAGGAGCGUCGAGACCUGAAUCUGCAGCGGCAAGCUUUAGAAAACGAGAAAUUAAGAUUACUUCAAGAAGGACCCGGCGCUGCCCUCUUCCACUCGGCUCUGGAGAAGGAAAAAGAGCGUGGGCAGAGGACGACUUUGGCUCUGAAGCAAGUAGAAUAUGGCCUGGUGGAAAGACAGAGGGCCUUCUGCAGUAUUUUAGUGCCCCGUGCGAGGAGGGUGGAGAUGGAGAAGGAUCUUCUGGUUCGUACGGCCAAAGAGCCUCUUCUUGCUCAUCUGGAGAUGGAGGACGGACUCAGAGAUGUUUUUAAGAAUGACCGCAGUUGCGCCGAGUAUCUGAACACGGAUGAGCGAAGGAAUGGCAGUCUGAUGUGGCUUUAUCUCAGAUACUGGCAGACGCAGGUCACUCUUCAAACGCACCAGAGAGCCGAGGCUGCUGUACUCGGCAUACAGACUAAAAAGUGAAUUUGUAACAGAAAUAAAGGUCAUAAAAUUUAAAUAAAGGUUUUAGAUUCG